CCACCGACCCGGUCGCAUCCUGUUUGGCCGCUCACCCGGUCGCUGACCCCGCCAUGCCGCGUUCGGCGAAGCGCUUUGCGGCGGUGCGGGAACGGCUGGAGGAACAACUGAAACACGUGGAGAGCAGUGCCAAGGCCUUGGAAGAGAGGCAACGCGAGUAUGAGGAGCUUCGUGGUUUACUGGUGGAGUUGCCGCGGAAGGUGCAGCAUCCCAUCAUGGUGCCCUUCGGACCUUUAGCGUCCUUCCCCGGACACUUGGUGCAGACCAAUGAGGUUUUGACCCAGCUCUCCUCGGAGUACUUUGCCUUGCGCACCGCCCCAAACGCCGUCGGCCUGGUCGAUCGGCGGCUGCGGCGGCUGCAGAAGGACAAGCAGGACGUCGACCGGGAGUUCCGGGAGUUGACGCUUCAGCGGCAGCUGGCCGCCGGCGAGGCCGUUCGCUCCACCUCGCGCCGGGAGGAGCCGCGAGCGGUGCCGGGCGUGCCGGGCGCCACAGUGCAGACGGACGAGGACGGCUUCUUCGACAUCCGAGAGCCGGACCCGGAGGCGUCGGAGGCGAUCAGGGCGCCUUUGGUGGGAAUGGAAGAGGAGGACUAUGCCUACUUGAGGCCUGAAGACUUCUACCAAGCGCAGAAAGCUGCGCGUCACGCCGGUGGGAGCGGCUCUUUCGUGCAACGUUUGCGGGAGCUGGAACGAGAAGAGAGGGAGGAGGGUGAGGAUGAGAUGGAUGAGAGGGAGGUGCGGGAUGAGAUGAAGGAGUUGGAUGAGAUCAUGAACCACUACAACCCUCGUGGCGAGCUCUCAGAGCCAAACCUUCCGUCCCCUGCGGCGGCGGAGCUCUCUCCUUCGGAGCACCCCGUGGCGAGCUCUCCGGCGGACCUCUAUCGCCUCAUGGGCGACACCGGCAGCUCCACCGGCAGCUCCACCGGCUCCGGCUCCGCCUUCGCGCCGGAGAUCCGCGAGCGGAGCGCGGCGGAGCUGGAGGGCUUCCGUGCGGCGCCGCGGGGGGACACCGCGCCGGCGCCCGCACGGGUGUCGAAGUUCAAGGCAGAGAGGGCCAGACAAGUCUCGUGAUGUUCGGAAGAAAAGGAAGGAGAGACGACCUUUCGAGCUGCUGUCUUUACAGGGUUCUACCGUAUUGCAGUUAUCAGGUUUUUAGGAUAUGAUGGAGAGUGUGUGAUCGCUGUGAUAGG